AUGACUAUGGUCUAUGUUUAGCGGUGCAAUGGCGAUAUGUGUUUGAUGUUUUUGAAAUUAUAAACGUCAUAAUUCGCAUGUGUUCACAAAUAAAAGUAAAUAAAUAAUGCAAGAAUUUAAAGAUCCUGUUGUUGAAAACAUAAGAGACAGCUUACGAUACGAUACCUUCAGUCAUAGGCAAGAUAUUCGUGAGAGUUUAUGGGGACGGAAUCGCAUUAUUUCAGAUGCAGUUCGUAAGGAAAUACAGACAUCUGAAGACGUAAAAAUACUCUGUGAAAAACUGAAAUGCAAAAGUAAAAUUACAAGAGAGGAUUUAUCAGCUCUUAAGCAAGCGCUUUUUUACGAUGACAGAAAUAUAGCUGUGUUCUUCAGUAUUGAAGGCACCUUACAUGCACUUAUUCGUGAAUUAUCAGGUCAUAAAGCAAUGCAUCAACUGGAGGCAGCCUGUUGUUGCUGCAACUUGGCAUUGGGAGAUCCAAAAUUUACUCUCCGCCUAACGAAAGCAGCAACACCGUAUCUGGCAGCACACCUGGAUGGACUUAGCACGGUUACUGUGGACGUGUGCGUGUGGGCGGUCGGCAACCUGGCGAGUGGCGGGGACGCCUGCUGGCAAAUACUGCACGACCAGGGGGUCCUGGACAAGCUGCUCCGCUUGCUGCACACCAGCGACGAGAUGCUGACGUCGACGCUCGUGUACGCACUCACUCAUUACGUGAGCGCCGGCCUCGACGCCAUGCCGCCGGAGGUGUUGGCAAAAGUAGCCACCGAGACGCACCAACUCCUGGAGCUCCAGCCGGCUUCGUAUUGGCUGCUGUUCCUCCUCUCGUUCCCGUCAGCUUCCUCGGGCAUCCUGGUCGGCAACCACCUGGUCUCCCGGUGCUGCCAACUGUUGGUGGACCUCGCGGCGAGUGGCAGCAGCGUCGACCAGCAGCUGUCGAGAGUCACGGCGCUCCUGAGGAUAGUUGGCAACCUGGUGGCAGGGGCGGACGGGACGGGGGCGAUGGAACUCCUCUCCUCGCAGGCCACGAGUGCCUUCAAGUCGCUGCUCGCCGUGUCGUGCCCGCACGUGAGGAAGGAGUGCGUGUGGCUGCUCGCGAACGUGUGGUGUCACCCGAACGAAGCCGUGCGGCAAGUUUGUAGCAUGCGUGGCUUUGUGGAUCAAGAACUGCAAGAACAGCUCAAUACUUGCGGGGAAAUCAUUCAGUGUAGUUGACGCAUUGGAUUUGUGAUUAAAGUGGUGUUAAUAAAUAGUUUUUUUUUUUUUAA